GGACCCGCGCCAGGGAGGGGGCGGGCGGGGGCUGCAGCGGCAGGUCGGCGCUUCCGGACCUGGCGGCAGCAGCUGUAGGCUCCGCGGUGGCGGUGGCUAAGGAGGGGGCGUCUCUGCUCCUCGGGCCGGAGCGACCCUGCCGGCUGCGCUCGCCCCCGGGCUCCACCUGCCCUGCGGAGAGGGAGGCAACGGGCCGCGCCCAGCAGGGGGACGAUGACGAGCCCCUCAGAAAAUACAAAGGACGUUCUGGUGAUUUAUGAAGAAGAGGCAGAAGAAUGGGCUUUGUAUUUAAAAUCACUUUUCAAACACAUUAUAAAGGAAGAAGGAAUCUUACUUUACAACCUAGAGACUUUAUCUUUUCAGCAUCUGGAGUCACACUCUCUAUCAUGUUAUAGAUGUAAACUGAUCAUACUAUCAAAUGGACUUCUAAAAUGCCUGGAUCAAAAGAGAAGAUAUUUCUUGGUCAGGGUCCUUGAGCCUCCAGGUAAGGUAGUGAUUCUACUUUGUGGGGUGGAGAACUCAGACGUCCUACAUGAGAUACUGACUUUAGACCAAAGAAGCCAAGAGAUCUCCACCGAUCAGGAUCCCGAGGAAUAUCUCUCCAUUGUUGCUGGUGUUAUUCAACAAGAUGAACCACAGAAUAAAGAAGUCGAGGAGUCACUGUCUUGCAUCUAUGAAACAGUUCUUGCAGAUGAUUACCGAGAUAACUCUGAAGUUAACUUGCAGUUGGAUGAAGGAGGAGUAUCAGUGAAAACAGAUGUGAGUUUGGAAACUGAGGUAGUUUCUGAAACGUUGGAAACUACAAGACCAUCAGUAUUGGUGCUACCAGGAAGGAUAUCAUGUGAGAACCCUGGUGAAAUAUUCAUUCUUUUGAGAGAUGAAAUAACUGAAACUGUAGAAAUUGAAUUCAUAACAGACAAUCAACGAAUUAGGACACAGCCAGCCUUUUGGAAUCAGAAGGUCAGAUGCAUGAAAGCUUUAGAUUUUCCUGCUGGCGCUGUAAAUGUAAAUGUCUACUGUGGGGGAGUCAUUAAGGCCGUGACACAGAUUGAAUACUACACAGCAGUAGAGGAGAUUGAACGCAUUUUUAAAAAAGUGGCUGAUCCAAUAGCUUUUGCUUGUCAGGCUUUCAAGUUUUCUUCUGUGGAGAAGCUUGACAGUACUCUGACCUUCUUAUUGAAAAGUAAGGAGUCUGUUUAUGAAUUCAGCGCUUUCCAAAAUGAAGUGCACCAUCAACAAGCUAAUUCCUAUUGGGAAGAGCUUCCUACACUUCUCCACUGCGCAGCUAAAUUUGGAUUAAAGAACCUUGCUACUCUUCUACUCCAGUGUCCUGAGGCAAGUCAGGCUUGCAGAAUAACCAACAAACAUGGAGAUAACCCAGCACAUAUUGCUGGAAAGCACGGGCACAACGAACUCCAAAAAAUCAUCCAAGAAUUGUCAAUUAAUACAACUGAUAAUGAAGAUGGUGAUCAGGAGAAGGAGGAGGAGGAGGAAGAUGGAAUUUAUGUGGCCAUGCUGAGCUCAGCCCCUCACAUUACCUCUUCAUUAACAGACAGACAGAGCUCAGGAGACCAGUGUGGAGUCAGACAGAAAGCCUGGGAGGAAUCAGGCAAGAGGGAAGAGGACAAGGAGGAAAAAAAGGAAGAGGAAGCUGAAGAAGUCAAGAGAGUGAAAGAAAAGAAAGAUGAAGAAAAUAAUUCAGAGGAAAAGUCAUACAGCUUUGAUGACAAUGACAAUUUAUAUGCCAGCAUACCUGAUGAUGACCCUGAAGUGGGUGGAAGAGACUCCUUUUUCCUGGACAAGCCACCCCUACCUCCUCGAGCUCCGUCUCCCACUAUAAAACAAGAUUAUAUUCACUACUUUUCACAAGCAAGGAAAUGGGAAGAAGACAGAAAGGAAAGAGACGAGACUUCUGGUCAUCUGGAAGUAUACGGUGGAGAAGAGGAUAAAUCUGAGGACGAUGAAGAGGAUCCGUAUACUUUUGCCGACUUGGAUGACAGUGUGUAUGAUAUGAUACUGGCCUCUGAUGACGAGAAAAGAAAGCAACACGGAUCCUUUAUUAUAAACCGGCCACCAGCACCUGCCCCUCGUCCCUUGAGUUCCCCUAAGGAAGAGAACACUCCCUACAUAGUACAAGUGUUUCAGCAAAAGGGCACCAGAAGUCAGAGUGAUAACGAGAAGAUGUACUGUGCUUUCAGGAAGCAAGACAGAGUUCGAACUGACACUUCCACCUAUACCACUUUGAAACACAGCAUCCCUUCUGGACAGGAAGAACUGAUCCUUUUGCAGGAACAGGUGAAGAAGGGAGCAAUUACUGUGGAUGAAGCACUUGAGAAAUUUAAACAAUGGCAGAAUGAAAAAAGCAGAUUAGAAAUUCCACAGCAGGAAAAAGUACGUCAACUCAGAGAUAGCAUUAUUGGGAAGAGACCAGAAGAAGAAAUUUUGUAUGACAAAAUCACCAUUGAACAUCAUCCAAAUGUUUGUGGGGAAAGCCUUCAUUUUAGAGACCUGCUGUACACCACACCAUUUAAAAAACAGUCUGCAACUCGAAACCCACCAGAAAAGGAACAGAUGCCUAAAGAUCAUUAAUGGAGUGCACCUCUCCAUUCUGUCUUGCAUCAGCUGCCUCUGUUCAGCAUCCUACACACGUAUCCAAUCUACAUCUUGACUUACGCUCAAUCUACUGCACAUAUUGCUAAGAAAAUGACCAUGCUCUCAUCACUGCAGUUUCUGCACUUUGGAAUCAUAUGGUUUGGGCGAUCCUGGCAAAAGUCCAGAAUUGCUGAAGAAAGCAGUAAUAAAAAUUUCUUGUCAAGUCAGCACUAAAUUUUACACUUUUUCCUUGCUGUUUAUUUCAGUUGAUUCUCUAAAUGAGAGGUUAAGAAAAAAACUGUGCCUUGUUUUGUGUAUCGUAUUUUAUACUCAUUUCAACUGCUACAAAACUGUUAGAGAAGUGCAGCUAAAAAGUGCCACUAAAAAGCUGAAUAAAAUGCUUGAUUUAAAUGUAUC